AUGACACUGGAUCAUGCUUCAGAUACUGGUGGAUUAGGUAUUCUUGUUGGCACAGAACUUCUGUUUUACAGGAAGGAAUCACCCGUGGUGAUUACGGUGCUACUUUGUGGUGUAUUUAUUGCUCAUCCAAAAGAUCCACUUACAUUUUUAGAAGAAAAGCUCAGAGAAAUAAUGGCAAAGGGAUUAGAUACCAUGGAAAAGACAACAUUUAUGAAACAGCAGUACUUUGUGUACUGUCAUAAAUUAUUUUUCAGAUUACUAAAAAAAUUUUGUGCAAAAGAAUGGGACUUUUACAGCAGAAACUUAAUGAAGCUUUAUUUUGGAGAAUGGAUAAAAUGUAAUUUGCUGAAAAGGAAUGAGAAAAGCCAGAAGAUGGCUCUUGAAUAAGUCCAUUAUAAUGUCCAAAUAUUAAAAGUUAUUACACAGAAGUGGAACAUGUGGAUACUGACAAGGAAGGAAAGACAUGUAUGUCUAGGUAUGCAUAUUGGUCUGCAUAAGAUAAAAAAUAUAUCAUAUAUAAUCAAAGGUUAUGCUGUAUUAAUUAAAUGUUCUUGGUCCAACAAUUUAUCUAGCUGUCUUUUUGCAGGAUGCCACCCACUGGCUGGGCUCUUCCCCAGUUUACAGUAAAUGAGUUUAGCUCACUGCAGAAAAUUCACAGACAAAGGUUUACCGUACCUGGACUCUUGAAAAGGCUGUCACAAGAUCAUCUGUCUGGAAAUUCCAGGUUGCAUUCAGGUUUGUACUGAUGUCUUCAGAAAUACUGCCAAUGGCUGCAAUUGGAUUCAAGAUUUGCUAAUCAGCAAAAUGUUAACUCUUACAGACAGAUGUGUUACUUGCAUCUUAAAUAUUUCAACACUGAAUAACCAAAAUACUGAUUUAAGUUUCAAGUUGAUGAGUAAAUGUUGCCCAUACAUCAGGCAUAUUCAUGUGGCUGAUUGCCAGAAGAUUACAGAAGAUGGUGUUAAGAUGAUUUCAUCAUUGAAGCGUAUUCUUGUACUGCAUAUGGCAGACUGCACAAUGGUCAGUGAUGGAGUGUAAGUGGUGAGUGUAAGGCCUUUUGUACAAGGUUCUUCAGGAGGUAAGCUAAGAGAGCUGAGUGUUAGCUCCAACAGAGGCACUGCUCUCCAUUGUGGUCUAGAAAACAAUUCAAGUGAAGAACGUCACCAACUGUGUGACAGCAUCACUUCAAAUGUCUGGUGCCAUAGCUGUAGCCAUAAAGCCCUUAAUGAUAUGGGCCUGAGAGCCCUUGGCUGCCAUGGAAAAAUAUUAGAACUUUCUCUAUCACAAUGCAAAAAAUUCAGUGACAAUAGGGUUCAGAAAGAAAAAACUUCACCUUUUUCUUGUACAUGCAUUGUAAUUGAGUUCUGCAAGGGCACAGAUUACCUGGAACACUGCCAUAUCUUGUACUGCCCUCAGCUGACAGAUGAAGCUGUGAAAACAAUGGCAUUUUACUGCCACAGACUGACAUCUGCCAAUAUAGUGAAUUGCCCAAAGUUGAUGGAUACAUGUAUCCAAUACAUGGCUGCAGCCUGACAUUAUCUCCCCCUCUUGGACAUCUCAGGUUGUAUUCAUCUUACUAACAACCUGAAAUAUUUUUGGAAAGACUGUGAGCAAUUCCACAUUCUCAGGACAUAGUACUGUAGAAAAAUAACCAAACAAGCUGUCUUGAAAUACACAGCUGAACUGGAGGAACAGGAACAUAAUGUUGACCCUCCUUCCUGGCUUUGAUAUGACUGGGAUGGUAACAUAACCCCUUCACCAAAAAACACAGAUCAGAGCCUGAAAAAACAAAUUCUUCAAAAUGAAAAAUGAAGAAAUUGUGCAACAUCUCUACAAUUCAAGGGUUUUACUAAAGAGCAUGAAAAGACCACUGUGUUAUUUUUUCUUAAAACUAAUCACACUUUAAUAAAAGGCCAUUUGUUGCAU